AUGUGCGCUGUCAAGGUCAGCAUUGCUAGACGAGAGUCUCCAGAGCAGGUGGGUCACUUUGCCAGCAUGGCAGCGCAGUCAUCUGGAGUGGAGGUGGUGGAAGCUACGCGUAUCGCGGCUCAAGCUGUCUCUACAGCGGCUUCCGAAUCUUACGGGCCCUUCGGUGCUGGCAACACUUCACACCAAGUCGCGAUGGCAAAGGCUGCCGUGCUGGCCACCCGAGUGCCAUUCUCAACAGCUGCGGAACUGGUGGCUGCAACAUGUGGCAAAGCUGUGGCGAAGCAGAGCCUGAAUAACGGGCUUAGCCGGGCGAAGAUGAGUCACGAGGUCCAGCUUGCAGUUGCUGCUGCAGGCAUUGGGCCAGAGAGCAGCUCCGAACUGGUGGCGAAAAUCGCCGCCACGGCGGCCGCUGGCCACGCGGCAGCAGGAGGUGCUGGGCCUCAAGAGGUACGACAGGCAGCCCAGGAAGCUACGGAAGGAAUUGCCGUUGACGACACGAACCAGUUGCUUGCACAAGUGGCAGUCUGA